AAACAAAAUUUUGUAGUGUAUACUUUCACUCAGCUUAUCACAUAUGUUGCUCGUAUGCAUGCCUAUGUACUUCAGCACUCCUGGCUAAAGUUGUAGUCGUUCAAUUCGUAUUUACGUUUUACUAUUAGUUUUCUUUUUUGAAUAAAGAAUUUAAUAGAGAAUUAGAAAUGUCGUAUCAAUUGUACAGGAACACGACGUUAGGUAACACGUUGCAGGAGAGUCUGGACGAGUUAAUACAAUAUGGACAAAUCACACCAGGAUUAGCAGUUAAAGUAUUAUUGCAAUUUGAUAAAGCUAUAAACCAAGCACUAGCGACAAGAGUUAAAUCAAGGCUUAGUUUUAGGGCUGGUAAAUUGAACACAUACAGAUUUUGUGACAAUGUGUGGACGUUCAUGCUGAACGAUGUGGAGUUCAGGGAAGUUCAGGAGGUUGCUAUGGUGGACAAAGUAAAGAUAGUCGCGUGUGAUGGAAAGACUCUUGAUACAGAUGUUGGUCCAAAGCGGUAACAUAUUAGCAUUCUUUCUCAAUUCAGGUUAUAUCUAGGGAUGUUUUCUUAAAUAAAGGGGUCGAACGUCUAUUUAUUUGUUUAUAUUUCGUUUAUUUGUGAUAAAGCAUUCAAUAAAAAAAAAUUAUGAAAAA